AUGUAUCCACUUCCGAGGAUUAAUGAUUUGUUUGACCAGUUUCGAUGGGCGUUUGUGUUCUGCAAAAUUGACUUGCAUUUUGGGUAUCAUCAGUUGAGGGUUAAGGAGGCUGAUGUGCAUAAGACGGCAUUUAGGGCUCGUUAUGGUCACUACGAGUUCCUAAUUUUGAGGGAAAAACAGUUCUAUACUAAGUUCAGCAAGUGCGAGUUUUGGUUACGUGAAGUAACAUUUCUGGGUCAUGUGGUGUUUGCUGAGGGGAUUCGAGCCGAUCCUCGAAAAAUUGAGGUUGUAUUGGAUUGGAAGCAGCCUAAGAAUGUGUCUAAGAUCCGUAACUUUUUGGUGCUGGCAGGUUAUUACCGACGGUUUAUGGAAGGAUUUUCACUGAUCACAGAUGGUAAGGUGGUUACAUAUGUGUCUCAUCAGCUUAAGAGACACGAGGUGAACUAUCCAACGCAUGAUUUGAAGUUGGCUGCCAAGGAGCUGAAUCGAGGGCAGCGAAGAUGGGUUGAGCUGCUUAAGGAUUACGACUGUACCAUUGAGUACCAUCCUGGCAAGGCUAAUGUGGUAGCCGAUGCAUUUAGCCAUAGGGAUAUGACUGAUCUGAGAGCGAUGUUCAUUAAACUUAGCUUGUUCGACGAUGGGAAUUUUUUGGCUGAGCUUCAAGUCAAGCUAACUUGGAUCAAGCAGAUUAAGGGUAGAAACCUAGAAGAUGAGUCUUUGGGUCUUCGGUUCCAACAGAUUGAGAGUGGUAGCACUACGGACUUUAGGUGGAAGUUUGAGGGUGUGUUAUGCCUGACUUGCCAGCAGGUUAAGGCUGAGCAUCAGUUGCCUUUGGGAUUGUUGCAGCCGAUUAAAAUUCAGCUAUGGAAGUGGGAACGAGUAAUGAUGGAUUUUAAGCUGGCGAAGCUCUAUAUUUCUGAGGUAGUGAAACUGCAUGGGGUACCGAUUUUGAUCAUCUCUGAUAGAAAUCCUCAUUUCACGUCUCGAUUUUGGAAAAAGGUGCAUGAGACUCUAGGUUCAAGGUUGGAAUUUAGUAUUGUGUUCCAUUCUCAGACCGAUGGUCAAUCAGAGAGAGUGAUUCAAGUACUGGAGGAUAUGUUAAAGAGCUGUGCUAUUGAUUUCCGAGAGGAUAAGGCUAGAUUGAUUCGGGAUCGUUUGAAAGCGGCUUCUGACAAGAAGAAACCUUAUAUGGAUUUGAAGAGGCUUGAGAUCGAGUAUUCUAUAGGGGACUUCGUUUUUCUCAAGGUCUCACUAUGUAAGAAGGUACUAAGGUUUGGUCGUAAGGGCAAGUUGAGCCCUAGGUUUAUUGGACCUUACCAUAUUCUAAAGCGAGUGAGACCAGUUUCUUAUCAGUUGGAGCUACCUCCGAUGUUGGAUUGUUUCCAUGAUGUUCUCCAUGUCUCUAUGAUGAGGCGUUACCGCUCUGAUUGUAGUCAUAGUGUCCCUGUUGAGGGGAUUGAGGUUAGGCCAGACUUGACCUUUGAGGAGGAGCCUGUCCAGAUUCUGGAUUGUGACGUAAAGGUUCUGAGGAGGAAGUCUAUUCCUUUGAUGAAGGUUCUAUUGUAUAAUCAUAGCACUGACGAGGCCACGUGGGAGCCUGAGGAUACGAAGCGUCAGCAGUAUCUUUAUUUGUUCUGA